AUGGUAAAGCUUCUCAAUUCCAGGCUCGAACGAUUUGCAAAAUUAAAGAAACUUGCUCCUCCAGCUGCAUCAAAAUCAGGAUAUGUUUAUGUUAGCCAUAUGCCUGAAGGUUUUGAAGAAGACGCUCUUAGGAAAUUCUUUUGGCAAUUUGGCAAGGUGGUUAAAGUAAAGGUAUCAAGAAGCAAAAAAACUGGAAGGUCGAAGGGAUAUGCCUUCGUCGAAUUUCUAGAAAAAGACGUCGCGAAAAUUGCUGCAGAAGCAAUGCAUGGGUUUCUUAUUUUCGGGAAACAGCUAGUCUGUCGAUAUCUAGACGAGGUCAGCAAGUUUGCUAUGGUCCCUUGCAAAAAACAUAUUGAGUCUCGCUAUCCAGCCUUUAAAGAGAGAUAUAACGCUAAAGAAGAAAAAGAGGUGACCAAGCAAAGAGUUCAAAAAUUGGUCGAGAACGAAGAAAAGCUUAAAGAGAAGCUCAAAGAAUUGGGUGUGGAUUAUGAUUUCCCUGGAUAUUCAGCUUUACUUAAAUAA